AUGGAGGGCGGCGGCGGCGGGCGGCUUUCGGCCGUGCAGGCCGCGCUGCUGGCCGCCAGCACCGCCGUCACUGCCCUGCUCUACUCCGUGUACCGGCAGAAGGCCCGCGUCGCCCGCGGCCUGGAGGGUGCCAGGAGGGUUCGGCUGGACGGGGAUCUGCGGGCAGUGCUGCUGGAGGCGCCGGGGCGAUGCGUGCCCUACGCCGUCAUCGAAGGUGUGGUGAGAUCUGUUAAGGAGACCCUGAGCAGCCAGUUUGUGGAGAACUGCAAGGGUGUUGUCCAGAGGCUGACCCUGCAGGAGCACAAGAUGGUGUGGAACCGAACAACCCAUCUCUGGAACGACUACGAGAAGCUGAUCCACCAGCGAACCAACACCGCCCCCUUCGAGCUGGUGCCGCCGGAGGAGGAGGGGGCCGGCGGCGUGGCCGUGCGGGUGCUGAAGCCCCUGGAGGCCGCCGAGCUGAGCCUGGAGACGGUGCACGAGAAGUUCCACCCUUCCGUGCAGUCCUUCACCGACGCCAUCGGCCACUACAUCAGCGGCGAGCGCCCCAAGGGCGUCCAGGAGACCGAGCAGAUGCUGAAGGUGGGCACGGCCCUGACGGGGGUGGGCGAGCUGGUCCUGGACGGCUCCAGCAUCAAGCUGCAGCCCCCCAAGCAGGCCAUGCCCUACUACCUGAGCACCUGCGAUUUCGACACCCUGCUGCGGCGGCAGGAGGCCAGCGCCCGCUUCUGGAAGAGCCUCACCCUCCUCUUCGGCCUCGCCACCUGCGCCGUCCUCUUCUUCCUCCUCCGCCGGCAGUACCGGCAGCACCUGGAGAGGAAGCAGCUCCGGCGGAUGCAGGAGGAGUUCCGGCAGGCUCAGGAGCGCCUCCUCAGGGAGCUCGGCGCCGAGGGCGCAGAGACGCUGAAGAACGCCUGCGUGGUCUGCCUCAGCAGCCCCAAGGCCUGCGUCUUCCUCGAGUGCGGCCACGUUUGCUCCUGCCACCAGUGCUACCAGGCCCUCCCCCAGCCCAGGAGCUGCCCCAUCUGCCGCCAGCCCAUCGCCAGGGUGGUGCCUUUGUACAACAGCUAA